CACCAGCUGGAGACUGAAGACUAGGGAGGAGCAGCACGGUGUUUCAGUCCUUCAGCAUGACACUCGUCUUCCUCCUCCUCUUCCUCCCCCUCUCUCACCGCUCCAAUGCCAUGACUGGUUGCCAUAGUGACCGUGACAAGGACCACCGCCCCCGGGUCAACUGCACGGCAAUCGACCUUAGCGAUGUCCCCGCCAGCAUUGACACGACGACCAAGGUGCUGAUCUUUCCCCAGAACCAGUUCUCCAGUCUAACCUGGUUCUCCUAUAGUCACUUCCCAGAGCUCUAUGAGAUAGAUCUCAGCCACAACGCGGUUCCAGAGGUUCCCCUGUCCCCUGGCCCAGUUCUCCCUACCCUGGGGGUUCUACGCUUGGUAGGGAACCGCAUUAGAACCCUGCCCCCUCACUCCUUCAGGGCCACACCGGGCCUGCUAGAACUCUAUCUGGACCAGAACCUCCUGGAGACACUAGACGACCUGUCCUUCUCUGGGCUCAGACUGCUACAGAUCCUGGAGCUGUCUCAGAACCGUAUCUCUGUUCUGCCCCCUCUGAUGUUCCGCUCCCUCCCGGCCAUUGAAACCCUGGUUCUAGAGCAGAACCGCAUCAGAACCAUGCCUGACCAGUGGUUCUCCGCCAAACCUGAUGUUCCCUACACCUACCUGUCGCAGAACCCCUGGGCCUGCUUCUGUAAGGUGGGUUACUUGAAGGAACACCUGGAUGAUCAGGGCCACAACGUGUACACAAGGGUUGGAAUAAUCAUCACCCCGGACGAAGAGAGUGUUACCUGUGCCACGCCUCCCUCCCUGGCCGGCCGACCAAUCGUGGGGCUGGAGGAUGAGGAGUACUGCCCACCUGGUGCCCCACCCGACGCCCCCCCUGGAGACUCUGAACCUGAACCUAACCCUACUCUACUGCCCACCACCACCACUACCAGAACUACCACCACAGCAGCCACAACCACUGUUCCUACUACCACCCCUACUCCUACUACCACCCCUACUCCUACUACCACCCCUACUCCUACUACCACCCCUACUCCUACUACCACCCCUACUCCUACUACCACCCCUACUCCUACUACCACCCCUACUCCUACUACCACCCCUACUCCUACUACCACCCCUACUCCUACUACCACCCCUACUCCUACUACCACCCCUACUCCUACUACCACCCCUACUCCUACUACCACCCCUACUCCUACUACCACCCCUACUCCUACUACCACCACAGCUACUCUGAAACCCACCACCCCUCCUCUACACCCUACCGACCCCACCCACCUGCCCCCGCUGCCGGGGCCCCAACUCAACCACCACCACCUAGAACCCCAACUCAACCACCACCACCUAGAACCCAGACCCUGA